GUCUGUUGCAGUAAAUCAAUAAUUCCGGAUAAAAAUGCGUUCCAUUGUGAAUUGGACUACUACAUUCUUCCGAUAAACCAGUCGCUGUGCACCACAAGGAACUGAAAAUAGGGAAAUUAACAUCCCGUUUACGCCCAGUGUUGAAUGGUGCUGCAACGGCAUGGUUGUACGGAAAAACAACACUUCCGGCCGUAAAGAAACAUGUUGUGGAUCAGAAGUUAUAGAUUUAUUGACACAUGGAUGUUGUGCUAAUAAACACACAUACAACAACUUCGAGUACUGCUGUGGAGAAACUGUAGUGUACAGCAGGGAAAUGUGCUGCGGUAGAACAAAACUCAAUGAUGAUCAAGUCUGCUGUAAUGAGUCAAAUACAGUGUUCCCCGUGAAAAAGCAACACAAAUUUCACGACAGCUGCUGUAACGGUAAAUCUUACAAGAGAGCAGCUGAAAAUUGUCCAGCAGCCGAUGAUCGGACCCCAAGAUGUGGAACAGAAGCAUGGGACUCAAACAAAGAUAUCUGUUGCAACAACAGGCUGUAUAAAGGUAAAAACAUGGAGAAUAUAACGUGUUGUGGAGCGUAUAUUCUUAACACCUCUUACCAAGAAUGUAUACAUGGGCGUCCAAAGGACAGAACUAUGAAAAACAAAGGAAGUAAACGCAACGUUCAGUUGUGUGGCAAGAAGAAAAAAAACACAGUUCAGAAAAGGAAGGACAGGUGCUGUAAAAACCAUUUCCACAAAAAUGCAAAAUUGAAUGGCCUCUGGUGUUGUGGUGCUGCUGUGUACAACAAAACAAGCCAGAAGUGCUGCUCCAAUAAAGUAGUGCCACUCAACAGUACCAUUUGCAAGAAAAGGCAUCGAAGGUAUGAUCCUCAGAAUUAUCCAUCAAUGAAAUGUUCAUCUGCAGCAUGGCUCCGGGCAAGAGUUCUGAAGAAUAUGGAUUGCAUCCAACAUGCUUAUCUCAUGAAGAGGAAGUCUAGAGGACGAAACUAUCGUAUAAAAAAAGAUCUUGUUCAGGAGAAAAAUAAAAGUCUAAAGAGGACGACCUGGAGUGCUAAACCCUUCUGUAAACAUGUUUUAAAUCGUAAACGUUUCAUUCUAAUCAUCAUUUCAUCUUCUGAAGUUUACACCUUAAAAUUUUCGAAAAAGUCUCGGGCUUUAAUCGAAAGGCUACCACCUUGUGAUAUUAGCGGAUAAGUCGUAUAUACUUCGGUGUAUUAGCAUUUUGUUUUUUUGUUUUGUUUUUGUUUUAAAGGUUAAAUCAGGGUACUAUGGAUAUACAUGUAGUUCAUCUCUAUGAUUUUUUUAAUCUUCAAAAUUAGUUGUAAAGGGAAAAACUGAUUAGAAGUGUUAAAAACACGUUUCUUGUGAUAUUCCGACAUUCUAUAUACAGUCCAUGGUAUUUUCUCAUUGUUUUCAGUGGGAAAAAUAUCUUUGUUGCUUCAUUUCUCAAUUGUUUUGUAUAUGUCACAUAUCUUUUAUUGCAAUAUUCUUGUACAUUGUAUACUACAAGAAUAGCUUAAUCCAGUCAUAUGUCAUAUGUAAAUUCUCAUUUUUAAUUUAUUACCCAAUACUUGUUGAGGCAUUUUAUUUAUAUUUAUUUAUUUUAAAUGCCAAUAUCGAUUGUCAUUUUAACUGUUCUUAUAGUUUAUACAAGCAUUCUACAUCACCCAUUACCUUUACACAUGCAAUAAGAAAACCCAUACAAAUACCUGAAAGUCAUAAUCUUAAUGUUUGUUUGUUUAAUGUUACAUUAACUCGUGUACGUUGUACAUAUAGAUGGAUCAUCUCAAUAACCCAUCAGCUUACAAUUGCUCAUUACUGUAUUUAUUUUGUCUUUAUUAUUUAAAAUGCAUAAAUCAAAAUAAUUUGAUGUGUUCACAUGCUUUCAUUGAAUAUGAAUAACUGAUUCGUGGACAAAUUAUAUUCACGGUGAAGGCCAGUGCCACUUUAUUUCUUACGUGAGAUCAAACCUUCUCAUUAUUAUCUCCAAAUUCACUCUUUGAAGUGUAAUUCCAAUUUCGCAGUUUAUUUUAAAGGUUUGACUUUACAACGUUCAUGUUAUAUGCUAAUAUCAACAUUUCAUCAUUUAUGCCAAGUUAAGCUCAUUUUCAUUACACCGAACGACAACAAUCAAAAUAUGUUUAUCUGAUACCAGCUUCGAUAAAAACACUCCCUUACAUUAUGAUCAAUUAAGCAUAAAAUUACGAAUUAAACAGUCAAGGCGAAAUUAGUUAAUGUCUCACAUGUCUACCCUUCCAUUUGCUAACUAUUUAAUUAUGUCUACUUUCAUUCUGCUUGCAUAAUGCAUAGUCCGUGAUUAAGGGUCAUACAAACCAUUCCUUUUAAACUUCCCGAUGUUCAUGGAUGAAUAAGCAUUUAUAUUUCUGAGACAAUUUCCGCCUAAUGAAUUUCCAGUGUAGAAUCCAGUGAAAUAUAUCGUGAUUUAAAAUUGAGUAGGGAAUCCCGAAAAUACACAUACUUAUCAGCAAAACAAAUUGUCCGGGUUGGAUGUUUUGGUCGAUACGUAGACUGUAGACUGUUUCUCGUUACGUAGAUUAUCAUUUGUACGUUAAUAUCCAAUCGAAACUCGUGUUGCAACAACCGACCAUAUCUUGUCCUCAUUCAACCAAUCGCUGCCAUAAUACGAAUGUCUAGCUCUUCUAGUCACAGUGCAUGAAUGGAAAUGUAUCGGAAAUUGUGUGUUUUGAAUGAAUGAAUGAAUAUCACAACUUACAAAUGCAGAAAUUAAUGUGUUAGAAUAUUAAAUAUUGGAAUAUGUUUUCAUAAUAAAAAUGCAGCGAAUAACGUU